AUGCCUGCUUACGGCUCAUCCGCCUCUCCUACACUCGCCAAAAUGGAAAACGGAGGCUAUGGCCAGAGGGCGUCCGGCUUCAGCAUCGGCCGCAUCUUUGGCGAUCCCUUUGCCCUCGCAACCAUCUCCAUCGGCAUCCUUGCCUGGAUCAUCUCUUUUGUCAGCUCCAUAAUAUCCGCCAUUCAUGGCGGCUUUCCAAACUUCGCGUGGUGGACCUUGGUCUUCAUGUUCUUCUGCAUCGUCGGCGUCACCGUCACCGUCGCCUCGAAUGCUGAGCGGACGUACCAUGUCGCGAUUGUCGGCUUCCUGUCGGCAGGCCUCGUCUUCACCACCUCCUCGGUCAACUCGCUCGUCUACUCGCCCGUCACUCCCUUUGAAGCUGCCGCUGCUGGCUACAUCCUGCUCUCUAUGAUUGCCAUUGUCUGGAUCUUCUACUACGGAUCCCAGCCCCAAGCCAGCCACCGCGCCUUUGUCGAUUCCUACGCCCUCCACAAGGAAAGCGCAGGCUCCCGCUCGUCUCGCCCAAUCUCCAACGGCUACACGAACCGCCCAGAAACCCAAAACGCAAACAUGGCGCCCCAGAUGUAUACCUCGGCUCAACUCAAUGGCUUCGAGACGUCGUCCCCUGUAUCUGGCUACCCAGGCGGCCCCGCUGGCGCAAACGGCCGCAACUCGUCUGCCCCUGCCUUUGGCGGCAUGAACAACCAGACGCCAACCAACGACGAUGCCCAGCAAGAGGCCUCGAUCGAAUACCCCUACCGUGCAAAGGCCAUCUACAGCUACGAGGCCAACCCCGACGACGCCAACGAAAUCAGUUUCCAGAAGCACGACAUCCUCGAAGUAUCCGAUGUGAGCGGACGGUGGUGGCAGGCCAAGAAGCCAAAUGGAGAGACGGGUAUCGCGCCCAGCAACUACCUCAUCCUGCUAUAA